CGGCACUUCAACCGCUCAUCGGGACAUGCCCACAUCCGCCUCGGUAACCCCCUCCCCCAUCGGGCACAAUCCGCACAGCACCACAUACAUCUCACUUCCGCCCGCCUAACCAUGGACCCACACAACGGCGACUCGCAGUGGGAUCUGCACCCCGGGGAAGAAGACUCCUUCACAAACAGCAACGGCGAGGUUUAUUCCAACAAGGCGAAUAACGGCAACCACGGAUACGACGAUGUUGAGGCGUUGAGGAGGGAGAAUGAGGCGUUGAAGGAGGAGCUCAAACGCCUCCACCACAAAUCACACACAGACCUCACCCAACGCGACACCCACAUCCAAUCCCUCGAACACCGCCUCUCAGCCCUCCAAUCCCGGCCCUCGACACAACCCUCCUCCCCGAUCCCCGGCGCCACAUCCGACGCGGACCAGAUCCAGCUCUUGCGCUCGAAACUGGGCAAGGCCGUGCAGCAUUUGAAGCAUUUGGCGGCGGAGAAUACGACGUUGACGCAGAGGGUUGGCGAGGGGGAGCGGAGGGCUGAGGAGGCUGAGGGCAGGGUGAGAGAAGGGGAGGAGGAGGUUGGGAGGUUAAAGGAGAAGGUUGAGGAGUUGAAACGGCAGGAUGAGGCGGUUAGGCAGGCGAUGGAGGCCAAGGAUGCGAGGAUUGUGGAGUUGACGGAGCAGGUUGUGGUGAUGAAGGGGAAGUUGGUGGAGGUGGAGUCGACGGCGCAGGAGGCGGAGACUGACAAGGUUGCUCUGGCGGCAACUGUCCAGAGGCUGGAGGUUGAGAUGCGGGGGCGGGCGGAGCAACUCGCGCGGAUGGAGGAUACGAAUCGACAGAUGGCUGAGACGAUCAAAGGCGCUGAUGCGGCACAGGACCGUAUUGAGGAGCUAACGGUGGUCGUUGCGCAGUUGACCGCUACGAUCACCGAACUCCGCACCGAGAAGGAGGAUGUGCAAGGUCGGCUUGCCGGCGAAGGGGUCAAUGUCUCCGUUGCCCGCGGAGAGAAUAAGAAGCUGAAGGACCGCGUGGCGCACCAGGAUGAGGCCAUCGAGGCGUCGACUUCUACCGUCAACGACGCGACUGGGAAACUCCAGACCGCGAUGGAGGAGAUCGCCAACCUCUCGUCCGCCGUGCAAUCCCUGUCAACGGAAAAGGAUUCCCUACUCGCCGAGAUCCAGACCUUGACAUCCACCAUCAACAGUAGCGCGUCAGCGUCCACGUCCGCGGCGCCCAGCGUGAGCACCAACGCACAAAACGAAUGGUCUGCGGACGCCUCGUCAGCGGAUGCGGAUGGGUGGGAUAACGAUAUCCCGGACUUUGAGUGGAAGCCCGUCGGUGAGCCUACAGCCGCGCAACCCACGACGACUCUUCCAAUUGCAACCCACUCCACAGCCGACUCCAUCCCCCCAACCGCUGACUCCCUCGACAAUCUAAACCGCACCAUCACCAUCCUCCGCACCGACCUCGCCGACCGUGAAGCGGAAAUCACCCGUCUAACAACCAAAAACGAAACACUGGAAGCACAAGUGGAUAGACUGGAAGAAGCCGAAGAGGAACGCGGCGACGCGGAGGAUACAUUACGUGAGACUGUGGUGGCUUUACGUGUCGAGCUCGGGAAACGCGAGGCAGAAGUCGCUGGUCUACAAACCAAAAUCGAGGCCCUUCAAUCCAAGAGUUCCGACACGGAAACAACAGAGCUACAACAACGUUUGGAGGACCUGCAAACCGAAGUGGAUCGUCUGCGAGCGAUGGAAAAGCCCACCACCGCGUUGCAUCACCAGAUCGAAUCGCUUACGAAGCGGCUGGCGGAGACCGAGGGUGCUUCGCGGGACGCUAUUACGGAAUUAACGACCCGGCACGACUCGAAAAUCACGGAACUCGAGAAUAUCAUUUCCGAAUUGCAACAACAGGGUGAUUCGGGUGAUGCGAGGGACAAAGAGCAUGCGGAGACGGUAAAAGCGUAUGAAGAGAAACUGAGAGCCUUGGAGACCUUAAUCGCGGAUAAAGAGAGGGAUGCGGAGGAGAUUAGGGCUGUUUUGGCGCGGACGAGGGAGAGUGUUGAGGCCCUUGAGGGCCAGGUUAGGGAGCUUCGAAAAGCUGCGGAGAACAUUGGGGAGCGUGACACCGCCCGCGCGACUGCUGGUAUCGCCGAGGAAGUGGUGGUGGAUACGCUCACGGCCUGCUUAUCGACAUUUGAACGCGCGAUCGACUUCUCGCAGGCUUUCACUGCGGAGAGACUCGAUACUUCAGCUUUACCGGACGCUGUUGGUGAGAGGCUCACAGGUCUGCUUGACGUUGUCGUGGCGUUGAGGCAAGCCGUUGAUGAGCGGGAGGCGAGGGUCGGGGAGGCCGAGAGGGAGGUUGGGGAGUUGAGGACGAGGAUGGAGGAGGUUAGGGGAGAUUACGAAGCAAAGCUAUCCCAAUCCUCGGAAGCCCUGGCAUCCGCCCUCGCCUCCUCCUCCACGUCCCAACCAGUCGCCGCACCAACAUCGAGCGAAGACCAGGACACGGUCGUUGCGGAACUGAGGGCCCAGUACGACGCCGCACAGGAAAAUGUGAAACGGCUGACGAACGAAAAGACGCUUUUGAUGGAUCGGUUAACGCAGAUGAAGAAUAGUAUUGUGCCGAAGUUGCAGGCUGAGAUGGAAACCGCCCAAUCCCUCCGCACCGAACUCCACCACACCCAAUCCCUCAACACCCACCUCCAAUCCUCCUACACCCAAUCCCAACAAGACCUCCUCAUCGCCCAAGAACAGCUCUCCCGUCUCCAAACCGACCUCGACCGCCUCCGCGCCCAUUUAGUCGCCACUGAAGACGCGCAGCUUGCUGAAGCUACACACACCGAAUCCAUCAUCACAUCCCAUUUGACGCGGAUCGCGACACUCGAAGGGCAGGUAGCGACAGCGGAAGAACGCGCAGCCCGCGACCGAGAUGAGACCCGCAUGGCAUUGGAACGUGUCGAAGCGAUGUUUGAAGCCCUCGAAGAGCUCAAAGGCGAACUACGCAAAGCCGAACUCGAAAAAGAACGCGAGGCGGAAGCCGCUGCGAACCUCAUGCGCGUCUUGUCCGAGUUCCAGGACUCUAAGCAAUCCGAAGUGGACGCUGCUGUUGCGGGUGUACAGAAACGAUGUGAUGAACUGGCACGCGAAUGUGAGAAUUACAAACGCCGCGCAGAGGCCGCUGAGAGCGCCAACACCCUCCCUGUGGAUGGCGGUGGCGACUCAACAGAAGGACAAAUGACCCUCCCACAACUCCUUGCCCAAAAAACCGCCCAGAUCGGCAAACUCCGCCACGACGUCGCCCUCCUGCAAUCCCACCUCUCCGAAUCCCUGCGCCGGUUACACGAUAUGACUUCGUCCGGUGAACUGCUCGAUCGGGCGGUGGUGGCUUCGCUUGUGUGUUCGUUUUUGGAGUUGCCGAGGGGGGAUCGGAAGCGGUUUGAUGUUCUGAGUGUGCUUGCCGGGGUGUUGAGGUUGGGGGAGGAGGAGAGGGUGCGGUGUGGGUUGAGUAGGGGGGUGAGCAGUGGUGGGGGGUGGGGGAUGUGGGGGAGGGCGCCGGCGCCUGUGGAACAGAGGAGGGAGGUUGGGGUUGGUGAGUCAUUCACGGAUAUGUGGAUCUCGUUCCUGCUCAAAGAAUCCUCCAGCGGGACCCAACAACAAUCGGCACCCACGAUGCCGACACUGUCACCCGGAACGUCCGCCUUUUCCCUUCCCGGUGGUUUUGCGCCCACCGCCACCGCAAAUACGCAUACGGAAUCUGCACCACCACCACCACAAUCAUCUUCCGCGCCGCUGGUGCAGCCACUACAAAAGCAGCCAUCAACACCCCUCCAGCAACACACCCCCUCGGCAUCCACACCUACACCCGCUGCACCUUCUACGAACGAGAACACACAGCCCCAGAUGCAGUCAGCGGACUCCGGCUCGGCAGCCGGAAGCCCGGCGUCGGAUCGGAGGCAGAAGGGGUUGGUUGGGAAGGCUGAUUGA